AGGGGUGUGGAAAAGAGGGGGGAAAGUCAUGUUUAUUAGAUACCUAAAUUUAGAAACCUAUUUAUCUAAUGAGUUAGGGGCCAUGUGGUCUUGGAUUCAGAUGCAAAUUCUGCUCUAAUAAUCCUAAUGCAGAAAGUCAUCCCUGAGACCUGAUGCCGCUUUCUCAAUAACAUGGACCACUGAGAUAAGCCCAGAGCAAUUAAGUUAAAAUUGUUAGUUCAACCUAGGAGGUGCCUUUGAGACUCUGAACAUCCUGUGAGGCUGCCAGUCACAGGGGAAGAGUUUGCUAAUGGUCAUCAGCUGAGACUAUCCUGGUAGGGUGAGGGCCAAGAGCAAGGGGCAUUGUUUAAAUCCAAGAGACAAAGUGGAAGAACCAGAACGGAGACAGCAUCAGCUUGAUGAAAGCAUGAGGUGGCUGUUGGGAAGCAGCUGGAGGAAGUUUGGACCUGCUGGCAGAGGAGCCUAUGAAUAUUUAACUAGUGAACCAAGCUUGCCACUUCUGGACACCCAGCUGCAGAGCACACAUAAGAUAAGCUCUACCAAAGAAGACAUUGAGCCAUUCCUGUGCAUCAUUCUUCCAGCCACCAUCUUGCUUUUCUUGGCAUUUCUGCUACUUUUCCUAUAUCAUCGUUGUAAGCAUCCAAGGCCCCAGGGGCAGAUCUUCAGCAUUGACCUUCCAGAACACAUACCAGAGAGAGAAGUGACUGAUUUCCUUUCAGUCUUACCCUGGAGUUCUGAGCAGACCUUCCAUUAUUCGACCUUGCACCCUGAUGCUACCUUCCUCACUGUGUGCUUGCCACCCUCUUAUGAGGAGGCCACUAUGAAAACACCUGAAGAAGAGGUCCAAAAUAGGAUUACCCAGGAUCUAGUACCUCAUUAUGAAGAAGAGAGCACACAUAAGUUGGAUGAUAAUAAAGGACCUUCCCUUGCAAAUCCUUUGCAUCAAUAGCUGUCAGCCUUUUAAGUAGGAAGCCCCCAAAAUUUGAUUUGGAGAAGGGGGUAUGCUAGCCCAUCAAAUGGAAUAUUCAAGCACCAGUGAUAAACUACAACCCAAAGAGUAUGAUGGAAAAAAUGCAAAUUCGUCUCUUUAAUUCAGGUAUAUCAUCUGCGAUACUGAUGAACAUUAUUUCUUAUUUCCUAGACAUGAUUAAGAUCAUCUAAAAUAAGUAACACUUUGAAUUUCUUGUCCCAGGUAAAAAGAAAAAAAUUCAUGAAGGUUAAAGGAAUUUAACUGAUAUUACCAAAGGUCACUAGUUACUGGAUGAAGAAAAAAAAAAAACUGAACACAUGCAUCCCCUCUCAAACAAAGAUAUUUCUUUCUAAUUUCUCUACCUUAUGGACUCAGCUUAGUCUUUUAUAUUACUUUAUUUCAUCUUCAUUUAAGUGUUUCAUAACUCACAGGAAGUCCCAGAAAUUAUCAAGAGAAAAUUUUGAGAAUUAACAGAGAACAGACAUAACAUUUGGAAAUAUAUAUAUCAACAAUUGCUUUAUGCCCUUCACUGAAGUGGGGCCAAUGAGUUUGGAAACAAUUGGUCAGAGGAAAAUAAGAGUUGAAGAUUAGCUUCUGAAAAUAAGUAGUUAAACACAUCUUGGCUUCUGUUUACUCCUAAAAUAGAUAUAUGUGUGUAUAUGUAUAUAUAUGUAUAUGAUACUGAUAUAUAUCUUUCGGUUUUAUUUAUGUAUCAUUUUUCAUUAUGCACAUUUAUAAUUUUUCAUGAGAGGUCUCAAAACAGUGAAAAACAAUUAAGUAAACUGAAUAAUAUUAUGCAACAUUUCAUAGCUGCAGCACUCCCACUUCUCUAUUUAAAAAAAUUACAGAAAUCUAUUUUCUUUCCCUACUACCCCCCACUUUAUUGAAAGGGAAAAAAAAGAAAAGAAAAAAAGAAAUUUCUUAGAACAAAAAAUGCAUGGUCAAAAAAAUGAAUUCUCCUCAUGGAUGUACAUGUUCACACAUGUACAUAUAUUUUCUCUUUUUUC